AUGGAGGGGCCCCCUUCGGGGGCCCCCCCGGCAGGCGAAAGGGGUUGUGCAGCAGCGGUAACCCCCCAAGUUUCAGCAUCUACACCUGCUUCAGAAGAUGCAGCAGAUGCAUCGAGCGUAUACUUCUGCAAAUCAGCGCCUCCUAUGCCUGAUCCUUGGCGGCCACCUAAUGCUUACGAUGACCUUAUAGGGCUGCACCCCGAACGAGUGGCGUUUGUCUCGCAGCAGGAGCAGCACUUUGCGUCGCGGCUUCGAUUGGCUGCGCUGCGGCCGCGGGGUGUAUACGGCCCGGGUUUGUUGUCGAACACUUUACCUCACCAGACGAAAUUCUUUUGUCUUCAUCAGCCUCUUCCUCCUUUACCUAUACCCGAGGCCCAUAGAUACCACAAAUUUACUUUAGUGGAUUUGCUUGAACACGAACCCGCAGAAAAUAAACACGAAACAACAAAUGAAGAUGUUUCAUUCUUUUCUUCUCUAGCAGCACAACCAGCCGGCGCCACAACCACCACCACCAGCAGCAGCAGCAGCAGCAGCAGCAGUAGCGCAGACAAGAGCGCGAAGACUGCAGCAGCAACUGUUGCUGCAUUUCUACUCUCUGCUGCUCCUGCUGCAGCCUUGGGGGAGCAUGCAUUUCGUAAGGUGCCCAUGCAGCAUCAGCAGCAGCAGCAGCAGCGCCCCGAGCAGCAAGCAGCAACGAUGAGCAGCAGUUUGCUGCGGUCUUUCUCUGCUCAGAGCCUCCGGCAGCAGCAGCUGCAGCAGCAACACAGCAGCAGCAGCAGCGCCAUCGGAGCAGCAUCCUCAGUCUCUAGCAGAAAAGGCAGAGCAGAAAGCUUCGUUAGCAGCAGCUCGCAGCGGCUGCAGCAGCAGAAGCACUACCUACAGCAUCAGCAGCAACCUACGUACAUGCAGCAGCAGCCGCAGCUGCAGCAGCAGUACAGCCAGCCGCAGCAGCAGUACAUGCAUCCACAGCAGCAGUACAUGCAGCAGCAGCAGCAGCAACCGCAGCAGUACAUGCAGCAGCAGCAGCACCCGUGGAGUACUGUAUCGGAGACAAGACAGGAAAAAAAAAGAAAACCCAAAAGAAGAAAACUAGAUGACUGGUAG